CUCAGGCUCCGAGCUCAGCCCUACACAACGCGUCGCCUCUUGCAUGCAACUCACUGAGAGGGAGAGGCCAGCGUGUCCUCCCCUCUCGCAGCCACCAGCAUCUCCAGCCACCAAGGACCUGCUUUUCGCACCUCCACUCCCCCCCUCCCUUCUUCCCUGCCACUCCCUCCCAGAGAGAGGAAAAAAAGCAAAGGAGAGAGAAAGAUUCUGGAAUUUGAACCUUCCCAAAGAGGAAACAUACCCAGCAAACUCAGUUGAUUAAACAUCAAACAGACAGACAGACAGAUCCUAAAUCUUCUGUUCAACUGGAAAGAUCUUCUCUUCGGAGUCCUGGAAGGCAGGUUAUGGGCAGGACUGUCUGGCCCACACCAUGAAGCCUGAAUCUGCUUCCGCUCUGCCCUGGGCCCUCCUCGGUCUGAGCACUUGGUUCUUGGCUGCUCCCCUCCCUUCCGCACCCUGCUGCUAGGAGGUAGACCUUUAGGAUCAGUCCUUGGCCUGCUGCUGCCUUUCACCUCUCUCGCCUCUCCACUCCUUCUCCUGAGGCACUGCCGACCCCCAGCCCCUCCCAGCCUUCCUGGCUGGGACAUUGGGGGGACCCCACGGGCAGCGUGCCUUGCCCCAGGCUUCUCUCCUGCACCUUCUCCUUGAAUCAAGGCCUCCGGAUCCGCAUGGAUAGCUGAGAUCUUUUCUUGGAGACAGACACUGCAGUCCCCCGAGACCCCCAACUUUGUGCCCUCUUCUGCCCUCUGCCUCUGGGUUGAAUUCCUGCCUCGACAAGCCCUUCUGACCUGUCCUGUUUACUUCCCUUGAUCUCACCUCACUAGGUGUGUGGGUACCUCCUCCUUCCUCUCUGCUCUGUCCCCUCCACCCACCUCCUCCUCCUUGCUAUUCCUUCCCGCUGCCCAGGGGGGUAUCCCCAGCCCCCUGUUCCCCACAGCCCCACCCCACUGCACCCCGGCUGUUGAUUUGUUCCGUGCCUGUCUGACUCCGUUUGGGCUGCCACGAUGAGUUUCACAGCCCCCUCGGCGUGCUUCACCCUGAAGGUGAGCGUCCUGCUGGGGUCCCUGCUGGGGCUGUGCCUGGGCCUCGAGUUCAUGGGUCUCCCCAACCAGUGGGCCCGCUACCUCCGCUGGGAUGCCAGCACACGCAGCGACCUGAGCUUCCAGUUCAAGACCAAUGUCUCCACGGGCCUGCUUCUCUACCUGGAUGACGGUGGCGUCUGCGACUUCCUCUGCCUCUCUCUGGUGGAUGGCCGCGUGCAGCUCCGCUUCAGCAUGGACUGCGCCGAGACUGCCGUGCUGUCCAACAAACAGGUGAACGACAGCAGCUGGCACUUCCUCAUGGUGAGCCGCGACCGCCUGCAGACGGUGCUGGUGCUGGACGGCGAGGGGCAGUCGGGGGAGCUGCAGUCCCAUCGGCCCUAUAUGGACGUGGUCAGUGACUUGUUCCUCGGUGGAGUCCCUGCGGACAUACGACCUUCGGCCCUGACCCUCGAUGGAGUACAGGCCAUGCCCGGCUUCAAGGGAUUAAUCCUGGAUCUCAAGUACGGCAACUCGGAGCCUCGGCUUCUGGGAAGCCAGGGUGUCCAGCUGGACGCAGAAGGACCCUGUGGCGACCGUCCCUGUGAAAAUGGAGGGAUCUGCUUUCUCCUGGAUGGCCACCCUACCUGUGACUGCUCCACCACUGGCUACGGUGGCAAGCUCUGCUCAGAAGAUGUCAGUCAAGGUCCAGGCCUCUCCCACCUGAUGAUGAGUGAACAAGCCCGAGAGGAGAAUGUGGCCACUUUCAGGGGCUCAGAGUACCUGUGCUACGACCUGUCUCAGAACCCGAUCCAGAGCAGCAGCGAUGAGAUCACCCUCUCCUUCAAGACGUGGCAGCGGAACGGGCUCAUCCUGCACACCGGCAAGUCAGCUGACUAUGUCAACCUGGCGCUGAAGGAUGGUGCGGUCUCCUUGGUCAUUAACCUGGGCUCCGGGGCCUUUGAGGCCAUUGUGGAGCCUGUGAAUGGAAAAUUUAACGACAACGCCUGGCACGACGUCAAAGUGACCCGCAACCUCCGGCAGGUGACAAUCUCUGUGGAUGGCAUCCUUACCACGACAGGCUACACUCAAGAAGAUUACACCAUGCUGGGCUCCGAUGACUUCUUCUAUGUGGGAGGAAGUCCAAGUACUGCUGAUUUACCAGGCUCACCGGUCAGCAACAACUUCAUGGGCUGCCUCAAAGAGGUUGUUUAUAAGAAUAAUGACAUCCGCCUGGAGCUGUCUCGCCUGGCCCGGAUUGGAGAUACUAAGAUGAAAAUCUAUGGUGAAGUUGUAUUUAAGUGUGAGAAUGUGGCCACACUGGACCCCAUCAACUUCGAGACCCCAGAGGCUUACAUCAGCUUGCCCAAGUGGAACACCAAACGCAUGGGUUCCAUCUCCUUUGACUUCCGCACCACCGAGCCCAAUGGCCUGAUUCUCUUUACACAUGGCAAACCCCAAGAGAGGAAGGAUGCUCGGAGCCAGAAGAACACCAAGGUGGAUUUCUUUGCUGUGGAACUCCUGGACGGCAACCUGUACCUACUGCUUGACAUGGGCUCAGGCACCAUCAAAGUGAAAGCCACUCAGAAGAAAGCUAAUGAUGGGGAAUGGUACCACGUGGACAUUCAGCGAGAUGGCAGAUCAGGUACCAUAUCAGUGAACAGCAGGCGCACGCCCUUCACUGCCAGUGGGGAGAGUGAGAUCCUGGAUCUGGAAGGGGACAUGUACCUUGGUGGUCUGCCAGAAAAUCGGGCUGGCCUCAUCCUCCCCACUGAGCUCUGGACCGCCAUGCUCAACUAUGGCUAUGUGGGCUGCAUCCGGGACCUGUUCAUUGAUGGACGCAGUAAGAACAUCCGGCAGCUGGCGGAAAUGCAGAAUGCAGCGGGCGUCAAGUCCUCCUGUUCACGGAUGAAUGCUAAGCAGUGUGACAGCUACCCCUGCAAGAACAACGCUGUGUGCAAGGAUGGCUGGAACCGCUUCAUCUGCGACUGCACAGGCACUGGCUACUGGGGACGAACCUGUGAAAGGGAGGCAUCAAUCUUGAGCUAUGACGGCAGCAUGUACAUGAAGAUCAUCAUGCCCAUGGUCAUGCACACGGAGGCAGAGGACGUAUCUUUCCGCUUCAUGUCCCAGCGAGCUUACGGGCUGCUGGUGGCGACCACCUCCAGGGAAUCUGCUGACACACUUCGCCUGGAGCUAGAUGGGGGUCGAGUCAAGCUAAUGGUUAACUUAGACUGUAUCAGGAUAAACUGUAACUCCAGCAAAGGACCUGAGACCCUGUAUGCGGGGCAGAAGCUCAAUGACAAUGAAUGGCACACCGUUCGGGUAGUGCGGAGGGGAAAAAGCCUUAAAUUGACGGUGGAUGAUGACGUGGCUGAGGGUACAAUGGUGGGAGAUCAUACCCGCCUGGAGUUCCACAAUAUCGAAACCGGUAUCAUGACUGAGAAGCGUUACAUCUCCGUUGUCCCCUCCAGUUUCAUUGGCCACUUGCAGAGCCUCAUGUUCAAUGGCAUGCUCUACAUCGACCUGUGCAAGAACGGCGACAUCGAUUACUGUGAACUGAAGGCUCGUUUUGGACUGAGGAACAUCAUCGCUGACCCUGUCACCUUCAAGACCAAGAGCAGUUACCUGAGCCUGGCCACCCUCCAGGCCUACACGUCCAUGCACCUCUUCUUCCAGUUCAAGACCACCUCUGCUGAUGGCUUCAUUCUCUUCAAUAGUGGGGAUGGGAAUGACUUCAUUGCCGUGGAGCUAGUGAAGGGGUACAUACACUAUGUGUUUGACCUUGGAAAUGGCCCCAAUGUCAUCAAAGGAAACAGUGACCGUCCCCUGAAUGAUAACCAGUGGCACAAUGUCGUCAUUACCCGGGACAACAGUAACACCCACAGCCUGAAAGUUGAUACUAAGGUGGUCACUCAGGUGAUCAAUGGUGCCAAAAAUCUGGAUCUGAAAGGUGAUCUCUACAUGGCAGGUCUGGCCCAAGGGAUGUACAGCAACCUCCCAAAGCUUGUGGCCUCCCGGGACGGCUUUCAGGGCUGUCUGGCAUCAGUGGACUUGAACGGGCGUCUGCCGGACCUCAUCAACGAUGCUCUCCACCGCAGUGGUCAGAUUGAACGUGGCUGUGAAGUUGCGUUGACCAAAGCUGACCUGCAAGGACCAAGUACCACCUGCCAGGAAGAUUCCUGUGCCAACCAGGGAGUGUGCAUGCAGCAGUGGGAAGGCUUCACGUGUGACUGCUCUAUGACUUCAUAUUCUGGAAACCAGUGUAAUGACCCUGGCGCUACCUACAUCUUUGGGAAGAGCGGAGGCCUCAUCCUCUACACCUGGCCGGCCAAUGACAGACCCAGCACGCGUUCUGACCGCCUGGCCGUGGGCUUCAGCACCACCGUCAAGGAUGGGAUCUUGGUGCGCAUUGACAGCGCUCCAGGCCUCGGUGACUUCCUCCAGCUUCACAUCGAACAGGGGAAAAUUGGAGUCGUCUUCAAUAUUGGUACAGUCGACAUCUCCAUCAAAGAAGAGAGAACCCCUGUGAAUGAUGGUAAAUACCAUGUGGUGCGCUUCACCAGGAACGGCGGGAAUGCCACCCUCCAAGUGGACAACUGGCCAGUGAAUGAGCAUUAUCCCACAGGCAACACUGAUAAUGAACGCUUCCAAAUGGUAAAACAGAAAAUCCCCUUCAAAUAUAACCGGCCCGUAGAGGAGUGGCUGCAGGAAAAAGGCCGGCAGUUAACCAUCUUCAACACCCAGGCGCAAAUAGCCAUUGGUGGAAAGGACAAAGGACGUCUCUUUCAAGGCCAGCUUUCUGGGCUCUAUUAUGAUGGCUUGAAAGUACUGAACAUGGCAGCUGAGAACAACCCCAAUAUAAUAAUCAAUGGAAGUGUUCGACUGGUGGGAGAAGUCCCAUCAAUCUUGGGAACAACACAGACGACCUCCAUGCCACCAGAAAUGUCUACUACUGUCAUGGAAACCACCACUACAAUGGCCACAACUACAACCCGCAAGAAUCGCUCUACGGCAAGCAUUCAGCCAACAUCAGAUGACCUUGUUUCAUCUGCUGAAUGUUCCAGUGAUGACGAAGACUUAGUUGAAUGUGAACCCAGUACAGGAGGUGAAUUAGUUAUCCCUCUUCUUGUAGAAGACCCUUUAGCCACCCCUCCUAUUGCUACUCGUGCACCUUCCAUUACACUCCCCCCUACCUUUCGCCCCUUCCUCACCAUUAUUGAGACCACCAAAGAUUCCCUGUCCAUGACCUCUGAGGCGGGGUUACCUUGCUUGUCGGACCAAGGCAGCGAUGGUUGUGAUGAUGAUGGCUUGGUGAUAUCUGGGUAUGGCUCAGGGGAAACCUUUGACUCUAACGUGCCCCCUACUGAUGAUGAAGAUUUUUACACCACCUUCUCCUUGGUAACAGAUAAGAGUCUUUCCACUUCAAUCUUCGAAGGUGGCUACAAAGCACAUGCGCCCAAGUGGGAAUCCAAGGACUUUAGACCUAACAAAGUCUCCGAAACUAGUAGGACUACUACCACAUCUUUGUCCCCUGAGCUGAUCCGCUACACAGCUUCCUCCUCGUCUGGGAUGGUACCCAAAUUGCCAGCAGGCAAAAUGAAUAACCGUGAUCUCAAACCCCAGCCUGAUAUAGUCUUGCUUCCGUUGCCCACUGCCUAUGAGCUAGACAGCACCAAACUGAAGAGCCCACUAAUUACUUCCCCCAUGUUCCGUAAUGUGCCCACAGCAAACCCCACGGAGCCGGGAGUCAGACGGGUUCCGGGGGCCUCAGAGGUGAUCCGGGAGUCGAGCAGUACAACAGGGAUGGUCGUCGGCAUUGUGGCUGCUGCCGCCCUCUGCAUCUUGAUCCUCCUGUACGCCAUGUACAAGUACAGGAACAGGGACGAGGGGUCCUACCAAGUGGACGAGACGCGGAACUACAUCAGCAACUCGGCCCAGAGCAACGGCACGCUCCUCAAGGAGAAGCAGCAGAGCUCGAAGAGCAGCCACAAGAAGCAGAAGAACAAGGACAAAGAGUAUUACGUGUAGGACACGCCGCCGCCGGUCCGAGAUGAAUUGCAAACGCAGAAUUAUUUCUAUAGACAUGCAUCCGCACUUGGGAAAACUUUGGGAGAUGUGACACAUGGCAGAUCUGUUUUGACUAUGAAACGGGGUCUGCAGACCAUGACUAGGGUGGGGAAAACCCAUUUUUUUUUUCCCAAAGGACACCUACAAAGAUGCACCUGCCUAUCCAGUUCAUCCAUGGCUGCUUGGAGCCAGCCGUGGCUCGGAGACAGAAGUCCUUUCUGCCCUGCUGGACCUUGAAGCACACCCUUUGCGCUCAGCAGCAAGCAGAUGGCACGCCCCACUUUCGCGGACUGGAAGCCUCCUUCUCUUGAGGACCUUUACCCAAGGUAGAAGAAGACUUCAUGGCUUACUUGUUCCAUAACUCCAAGUGAGUCUGUAAUGAUGUUUGUGAAGCUUGACUGUAAUGAUGUUUUUAUUUUCUUCUGUUUGUUUUAACUAUGUAAAAAACAAAAACACACACACACAAAAAAAAAAAAGAAAAGAAAAAAUGUAAAAACAAAACAACAAACAAAAAAAAUAUAUACUCUUCUCUGGUUCCUACCAGUGUUGUGUAACUUUUCAAGAUCUGAGGGGGAAAAUGGAUUUUGGGUUUUCGUUUAUUUUAGUUUAUUUUUUUGGAGAGUGACUGGACAUAAAAAUAAAACUCAGAAAACAAAAGUAAGAGAGACUAUUGCCAUAUGAACUCAAAAGCUCCCAUGGUAUUCACUCUGCAUAUCAGGUUGUGGUGUGUCUAGAAUCUGUCGCUUGUUUCCUAUCUGACGCUUUGCUGAACACAUAGCAGAACCAACUGGUUGAUGAUGAUAUCGAUUUCAAGAGCUGUUCCCCCUAGAUCGAAUUUGAGAAUGAUUAGCCACCACCGACACCCUUAGCUGAUGGGGUGAGGGCUGGCUUUCUCAGAACUAUUGGUGUCACUUAACAAUAUUGUACUUGUCCAUUAACCCAACCAAAUUGUGGUAAAGAAAAAAGCCCCACUAACUAAAACAGAGCCUUUCCUUGUAACGGGAAAGAGGGGUGUGGGCUGGAUUGAUGACUAAUUGAAAAUGCAUGCAAAUAUAAAAGCCAAUGUUAAAAGUCCGCUAAAGAGUUAAAACCGCCAAUAGGGGAGUUCAACUUGUUAUGGAACCACAAAAGAUCACAUGCGCCAAACAAGGCAUGACAGACUACCAAAAUAUAGUUCUUUCCCUGCCCCACCCCAUGUUGAUGUUUUUCAUAGUGUUUUAAUUUUGUAGCCUGACACGUGCAGAUAACGCUAUCCUUCCAUUUGCCCAGGUCUCCCUUCACUCAUCUUUUUAAAAAAUAAAUGAAUAAAUAAUAAAUGAAUAAAGCUGCUGUGACACACACAAAAGGAAUUUAAUAGUAUAAUAUAUAUAAAUAAAUAUAUAUACAGAUAUAUUUAUCAUGGUAUGUUUGAUGGGAUGACUGAAACAGCAAAUUCUGUUAAGGUCUAUAAGUGGAAUGAGAAUGUUGUUUUAAAAGAAAAUAACAAAACAACAAAAAGCAAACCUUAAAAAUGUGAAGAAAGUGUGAGUUUUAGUUUUGUCACAGUUAACUGUGUCAAAGAGAAUUAAAAAAAUCUUCUCAGAUUUUGUUUACAUAUUUUACUACAUUUUUGCUGGUAUAAUUCCUUAGCCACCUAUGUACAUACUGCUUAAAGAACUGUUCUUUCCUUUAUAUUUGUUACUUCGGUUUGUUUGGUUUAUAUUCCAGUUGUCUUUCUUUUUGAAAAGAGGAAACAAUGUACAGAAAAACAAUACAGUGGUUGUGUGGCCAUCACUAUCAAAAAAGCAAGAGACAAAGCUAGAGAAAUAUAACAGAAAUGAAGUGUAUCUGCGGGAGAGUUCAGAUGUAUACAAUUUCUUUUGUACAGAUGAAAAUCAAUCAGCUAUUUAGACUUAGAAAUCUACUCUUGCUGGCCUUUGUAAGUUGCAUGACUAUUUGACUUUGAAAAACUAUCUUAAAGACAUGGGCAAAAAGUGCAAUCUAAACAAUGGUAGCCUUUACUAAUGUAUAUGGAAAGAAAUGUUCCUCGUUAUCUGAUAUUUCAAUGUGUUAAGAACUUUGGAUUAUUUUUUGUUGUUGUUGUCAUUAAAAAAAAAGACAGGAUUAUAAAAUGAUAUCAAAGCACGAUUUAGAUAACCUAAAUGGCCCAACCUAUAUGAAAUUGAUUAUAUCUCGAUGUCUGUAAAAGAUUGCUGUUCUUGGAGUCUUGAGGUCUUGUGAACUUAUUUCCUGCUUUCUAUCUUUACAUUUCUCAUUUGAGUAAAAAUGCAUUUGUUAUAUUCCUUUUAGUGUAAGUUUCUAUUUGGACAAUUUUAUGAAAACAUGUGCAUUCUGUAUGUAAGCUUCUAUCAUAUUCCUGUUGUUUUAUGAGCAGAUUUUUAAGGAAUUUAUUUUAUAAUGUGAUGUUACUGCUUUUAAUUAUUUUCCUUUCUCUUUUGUUACAUAUUUGCAUUUUUGUUCAAGGAUAUGCUUAGCAAUAAAAUGUUCUUCCCAAAA